UUGCCACAAUGGAAGGGGGGCAAUUCCAUAUUAAUGCCCAUGGUUUUGGAAUGGGAUGUCCAAUAAGCUCGCAUAGUUGUAAUGGUCAAGUGUCCACAUACUUUUGCCCAUACAGUGUAUUCUGUUUAUAUAUGCUGAAAGACGAAAGUAUCAUAUUUCACUUCAGUCAUCAUCACCCGUGUUUAGUGUCAGAUCCGUAUGUGACGUAUCGUAAAGGGGCGGUACAUGGCACUGUACGAACCAAUGAUAGCUAUUUGUGAGUGAAGCCACGCCCACAUGGUGUCAUUAACACGUCAAUACGUGAUUCGGAUGCAUCGAUGUCCGGGUAGUAAACGGUUCAGAUAGACUGUGUGCGAUGGACCGCGUAGGAUCAGACACAGAAACUGAUGAUUAUGAGCAGCCUUUGCUUCAUCGGAAGAGAGACGAUGACAUAAAAAGAGCUCCUGUGCUGUGCUCUUCACGCUAUGGCCUGGCCUUGCUGUCCUGCUAUGGCUUCUUUGUGGCAUACGCGCUGCGAGUGAAUCUCAGUGUGGCCAUGGUGGAUAUGCUGAGAAACAGUAGCAGCAGUACCAACGUCAGUGGCUCUGUGUGCCCGAGGCAUGCCAGUCCGGCACGGCCCAGACACAACCACACAGUAAGAAAAGCCAGUGUGUAUGACUGGGACUCAGAGACUCAGGGCUGGAUCCUGGGCUCCUUUUUUUACGGCUACAUCAUCACUCAGAUACCGGGUGGCUACAUGGCACGCAAAUAUGGUGCCAAGUGGCUGCUGGGCUUCGGCAUCUUGGGAACUGUGAUCUUCACUCUGCUAACGCCUGUGGCUGCUGACCUGGGAGCUGGUUAUCUUAUUGCCGUCAGGGUGCUGGAGGGCAUAGGCGAAGGAGUGACAUUUCCUGCUAUGCAUGCUAUGUGGUCAUCCUGGGCUCCACCCUUGGAGAGGAGUCGGCUACUUACCAUCUCUUAUGCAGGUGCCCAGCUUGGCACUGUAGUAGCCCUUCCCCUGUCUGGUCAGAUAUGUUUUUACCUGGAUUGGACAUACGUCUUCUAUAUAUUUGGAGCUAUUGGGCUACUCUGGUUUUUCCUGUGGGCUGUUCUGGUCAGUAACACUCCUGACACGCACAGAAGGAUAUCUGAGAUUGAGAAGACCUACAUAAAAGCUUCGUUAAAAAAAGAGCUGUCUCCCACUUCAACCUACAUCCCCUGGCCCUCCAUUCUCACAUCUGUUCCUCUAUGGGCCAUAGUUGUUGCACACUUCUCCUACAACUGGACAUUUUAUACACUGCUGACUCUCUUACCCACCUACAUGAAUGACAUUCUGGGCUUCAGCAUUAAGGAGAAUGGGAUGCUCUCUGCUCUGCCCUACUUGGGCUGCUGGCUGCUGUCUAUGGGAGGAGGCCAGUUAGCAGACUACCUGAGGGAGACCUGCCUUUUCCGCACUGUGAGUGUGCGCAAGGCCUUCACUAUAGUAGGUAUGAUGGGACCAGCUGUGUUCCUAGUGGCAGCAGGAUACACUGACUGCAACUACAUUCUGGCUGUUAUUUUCCUCACUGUCUCCUCAACUCUGGGAGGCUUUUCAGCAUCUGGCUUUAACAUCAAUCACCUUGACAUUGCACCAUCGUAUGCUGGAAUAUUGCUAGGAAUCACAAACACAUUUGCAACUAUACCUGGCAUGGUGGGUCCUGUGAUAGCGAGAUCAUUGACCAAAUCUAACACUAUUAUGGACUGGCGCACCGUCUUCUUUAUCUCAGCUGGGAUAAAUCUGUUCGGUGCUAUCUUCUACACAAUGUUUGGAAAAGGUACAGUACAGCCCUGGGCAGUCCAGCGAGUAAACAUCGAAUAAAAAGUCUUAUAAGGGACAAUAUGGCUUUAAGAAUUCAGCGGAGGAUUCUGAUUAUUGUGUUUGAAGAUUCGAGCACAGCUGAUUAAAUCGUUCUGUUUUUGGUAAACAAAUGGCUGAAUGCUCUCUAACACUUCUACGUUUUAGGAUCUUCUAAAGGGAUCCAGUGAUGUUUUUUGCUCUCUCAUAUUGUUUCCACUUCCAUGUUGUUGUUGUUGUUGUUGUUGUUGUUGUUGUUUAAGCAUUUCUGAAUAAUUUAGGCAGCCACUAUUUUCAUGAAACACUUCAGUCUACAGCCAAUGUGAAAUAGCAGAAAUUUUAAUUCAGUGUCUAAGGUUUGCUUUCAGUUUAUUUUAACUUCUCAGCAAACCUUGGUUUGUCUUAAAAUCAGAGAUGGCUUGUGGGGAAGAGCUGAUAUAUGUCAGCUGUUCAACAAAUGUUACUCAUCAUUAAGUCGUUGUUCACAACUCCAUUACUAAUAACCUCUUUUUAGUGACCAAUGAUUAAAAAAUAUAUAUUUCCAUUUGACAGAAGUCAUGUUCCAUUGAUUUGCUCGCCUUUCUAGAUGUUGCACAACCAUGGGGCAGCUUCCUCAUUGCCAAACUUAACUUCCAUAGAGUUAUUAUUCCACCUAGUGGUCAUAGGUGGGAACUGCAAUAAAUGCUAAUUAUGGAAGGAAUCAUGUUGCCAUGCGCGAAUUAGGGAGAAACUCCACCCGAGGAACAGCUGAAGAACCCUUAAACAUUUUUCUGCAUUUUUUUAAAAAGAGUAUACUGUAAAAUGCUUUUCACUGUUUCAUCUAGGAACACGAAGUAAACUGAGCUAGAUUUAAAUUGUAGCUUAAAUACAGUUUUUCUUUAAAUGCAGAGGUGCCAACAUCUAUGGUUCAUCUGCGGCAUUUACAAUUUAAGACCCUAUGGGGAUAUGGGAGACACCUGGGAAAACUACACUGUCCUGCUUUUUCAGUUGAAAGAAUGACGCACAAAUAAAAUCCGCCUGUCAGAAAAGUUAUUUUACUGAAGGGGAAGCAUCUUAGACUCCCAUUUGCUUCUGGUAACCGUUACUUUUGCUUUGUGCUGACAUUUUGUAGGUGAAUUUUGACCUAUAGAUUCACACGGCUGGUCUUUUGAAGCAAUAGUAACCAGUUGAGUGCUACUGUAGU